ACAGAGGGGUGGCUUCCUUUGUUGCAUUCAGGACUCAGCCGCGUUAUGGCCUGACGGUGAGCGUCAUCGGGCCGCCAGACACCGGUGCGCGGGACGUCCACAUCAACCUGGACCAACAGCACCUCACCGUCAAAAGCAAAGGGCAGACAGACAGGCACCCACCCGACACAACCACAUAUCCACAGAAAUAUCCACGACGACGAGGAGAGCGAGGAGACGAGAACGCCCACUGACUGACUCAUCUUCCUCUGUCCAGCCGCCGUCAGGGUGUGCACCCAUCUACCUAUGUGUCACACACAACCAGCAGACAGACAGACAGACUGGCAUGGCAGGGGGAUGUAUCUUCCUCGCCUCGCCUUUGCUCUCUAUGCGUACAUAGUUGUGUUACAUAUAUACGUUAGUGUUGUAUCUAUGUCGAAUACAGGACAGAUUUGUACCGACCGGCUUCCACGUCCCUAAGGCCUUCUUGCGCGUGCACUGAGUCGCAAACAUCUUUAUUUGGGCCCUUCUUGUCAAUCGUUCGCACAGCCUUUAUGGAGAGAGGGUCAUGCUUCUUGUGUGGCUUGUGAGCUGCGUUGCCAUCACUGAAAUGCAGUGUGUAUCCAUCUCAGUGUGUGGAGGGAAGGAUUAUUAACGAGUAUUACAUAAGGAGUCCCGCAUCUUCAAACUGAUCCAUCCAUCCAUCCGUUCGUCCGUCCAGACAUACAGAUGGACCCGGCAGCAGCUACAGUACGAUGCUGUCAGACAGACAGAUU